AUGAGUAUCCCUUCAUUAAUGGAAAUCAAUAUGCUCUAACACUCAUAAUUUUCACCUGCAACAGACCUGCUAGCAAAAAGUCUACAGAAUAUAUAAGCCAGUUCAUAAUUAUAAAACAAUAUUUUGCUUUAAUAACAAGAUUCCUCCACACAAUCCUCUUCUUCCUCUCUUUAAUAAUCAUUUUUGGGAUAAAAUUCUUUUUUAUAAUAGGCUAUUAACAAUAUAUCAACCUAACCCUUAGCAUAAACUUCUUAAUAGUAAUUUUAAAUUCAAUAAGCUUUGUAGCCUUAGUUUAACCCCUACUUAUAAAAUCUUAGUCUAAAUGACAUCUAAUUAUUAAAAAAUUCAUUACAAUAAUCUUAAUAAGUUUAGUAAAAUAACCUAUACAAUCUCAAUAAAAACUAGAAUUUAACUUUUAAUCCACUGUUGAAGAAGGAAGAUAAUGGUUUAUCUUUUGGAUAAAAUCAACUUUUCUAAAUUUAAGAUUUAAAUACUGACUAAAUGAAUUAACAACUAUUAUAAAGCUAACUAAUCUAGCUAAAAAAUAAGCAACUACUAGAAAAUACAUAAUUGCCCUUAAUGCACUUAUUACAAUAGCAAUAACAACAAUAACAGCAAUAAAUAUAAUAAUAGUAAUAACAACAGUAAUAAAAUUAAUAAAUGUAUAAUAUGCUUUAUGCCUAACAGCUUCUUGCUUAAUAAUAAAUACAUUAAUAGCAGAUUUUAAAUCCUAGAAAUACAAUAGAAUAAAAUGAAAUUCUUUUUAGAAAUAACCGCAUACUCUCUAACUAGGGCUUACAAAGUGAUUAGGUUUCUUCAGAAAUGCGCUUCUUCAACAAAAAAUAAGAAGCUUGUAUUCAAGAUAAAGCAAUAUGCUUUGAAUCUCCAAAUUUAUCCUGUACAACACUUCCCGCUGCUAGAAAUUCUUUUUCGAAUAUCUCGUAAUCUACUUCCUCUUCAUAAAUUAAUCUAGCUCUCUAUCCUUAGACUUCACCUUUAAUUUAGAAUAUUAAAUCAGAACAAGGUACUCAAUAUCCUCAAUUGAAUUUUCUUGUCCUUUAACAGUUAUAAUAAUAACAGCUUAGUUCAUAUCCACAAAUUUAAUAAAACUAGCUCUAAUUUAACAAGUUAGGAUAAUAAAAAAUAGACUUCCCAUCUUACAACGAGGAAUCUCGCAACUCUAAGCAAAAGAAGAAGUCAAAUCCUAAGAGAAAUACUAUCAAAAAUUUAGGAAAUUAAAUAAUAUCCUUCAUGUGUAAUAAGAAAUCGAUAAAAAUAAUACAAAAAAUACCUUAGAUUGAAUUCGAAGAAAAGGAGUUUGACGAAUUUAAGAAAUUUUGUGAAUAAUACAAAAAUAAGAUGUUGAAAAUAGCUGAUUUGAGAAAUAUAUGGAUUUCAAACAAAUAAAAUGUAGAUGAUAAGACCUCAAAGUAUCACAAAAUAAUUAGAGUGCUCUCUAGAUUCUAUUUAAAUAAUGAAGCGAUUCCAAAAUUAUUAACAUCAAAUAAACUUAAAGACAGAAAAAUUCAUCUAUCAAUAAGAAGAAUACUAGUAGAAAAGUUAAAAGACCCUGAAUCUUUUACAACCUUAAACUAAUACUCAAAAAAAUGA